CGAAAUAAUAAAAAAAUCCGAUAAACACCUGUCUCGGGCAACUCAGGUUCAGUUAACGAGUUUACUUCAACCAGCGAUGUUUUCGUUCCGGUGGGUGCUUAUACUGAUAUUUCUGUUCGGGCUCUGCGCUGCAGAAACUCCGGUAGAGUAUUACGAAAAGUUGAUAAACAGCAGAGUCCAGGAGGCCUUGGAAUAUAAAUUGCCUGUCGAUGCUAAAAUGUACGAACCAACCAGUACCGUACCAAAAGAUAUUGGUACAUUCGACUUUGUCGUAAUCGGUGCCGGCUCGACGGGUUCCGUCAUGGCGAGCCGUCUGUCAGAAAUAAAACAAUGGAAUGUGUUGCUCCUCGAAGCUGGAAAAUACCCCGACAACUUCACUAUGAUUCCUCGAUACUUUGGUGCGGCGAUCUUCAGUGACUACAAUUGGGGCUUCAUGAGUACCCCACAGAAAACAGCGUGUCUAGGCGCCGUCGACCACAAAUGCGCUGCCCCUAGAGGUAAAGGUAUUGGCGGAACGUCACUCAUCAACGAGCUUGUCUACAGCCGGGGCAACAGCAGAGACUACGACAUAUGGGCGGAAAUUGUGAACGAUCCCAGCUGGAGGUACUUAAACGUCCUCGAAUACUUCAAGAAAUCCGAAGAUUUCCAUAAAAACAACCCCAACGCGCCGGCGGACGAGGAAUAUCACGGCAAAGAUGGAUACCUUCACACAAACUAUCACAUGCCACCAUCCAACUUUUCGUCAAUCUUCCUCAAGGCCAAUGAGCAACUGGGAUAUAACAUUACGGACUACAAUGGAAAAAACCAAUUGGGAGCCACCAUUUUGCAAAUAAACACCAAAGAAGGGCGUAGGUUAGACCAGGCGUCUGCUUUUAUACUACCAGUGAAGAACAGAAGGAACCUUGUAAUUUCCUCGGAAAGUUACGUCACAAAAAUUGAAUUCAACGACCUCAAAGAAGCCACCGGUGUUAUCUUCACCAAAAAUAAUAAAACUUAUAGGGUGAAAGUACGAAACGAAGUUAUACUAAGCGCUGGUGCUAUUUCAUCCCCGCAAAUUCUCAUGCUCUCCGGAAUAGGACCCAAAAGGCAUCUGGAGGAGGUGGGCAUACCAAUUGUUCAAGACCUAGAAGUUGGCAGUACCUUACGGGAACAUGUAUUUUGCGGUGUUCCAUUUUCUAGCAACACCUCGAUAGCUAGCCAAAGUUUGAAGGAACAAAUUGAAGAUUUUUUGAAAGGAUAUGGUGAUUUGACAGCAGCAAAUCCGCUGGACGCAGCAGGAUGGUACAAGACGAGAAUCGAACAAAUUCGAAACUACCCCGACCUAGAAAUCGUCAUCUCAUCCUCUACACCCGCAGAGCUGGGAAAAAAAUUCCUGGGAUGGAAUGACGAAACCUGGGAUUCCCUCUUCAACGUUAGCAUUCCUAACCCCUUCACUCUCACCCCGGUACUUCUGCACACACACUCAAUAGGCACGGUAAGACUAAUCUCCAAAGAUCCAUACCUUUACCCUUCGAUAGACUACAACAUGUUGAACGAUCCAGAAAACCUAGACGUGGAAGCCUUGCUGGAAGGGAUACAACUUGCCGUUAACUUGACGCGUACUGAGGCCUUCCAGCGGAUAGGGGCCACCUUGGAGGUUAGACCUUUCCCCGCUUGCAGAGAGCACGAUUUUCUUUCUAAGAACUACUGGCUUUGUUUCAUCGCGCAGACUGCCAUGGCAGCUUACCACCCCGUGGGGACGUGCCCUUCAGGAAGAAAUCCAGAAGCAGGAGCCGUGGUAGAUCAUCAGCUGAAAGUAUUCGGUGUAAAUAAAUUAAGAGUUAUUGACGCAAGCGUGCUUCCUUUUUCAUUUUCGGGACAUCCCAAUGCUAUUUGUACAAUGAUUGGUGAAAAAGUUUCUGAUGUAAUCAAGUUAGAGUAUGGAGUGUUAGGAUUCUAAUUAUAAUAAAUAUCUGCAUAUAAAA